AUGAGGCUCAAUCAAGUUCUCGCCUGGGUUACACUAAGUCUACUACCCACGCAGGCUACUGCUCGUGCAUUGGGCAGCAAGCCUAGUGACUUGAUCAUUGCAGAACGUGCACCACUCCAGGAUAUCGUAACAUGGGAUGAACAUUCACUAAUCGUCCAUGGCAAACGCGUCAUCUUUUGGGGCGGAGAGGUUCAUCCUUUCAGGCUUCCAGUGCCGAGUUUGUGGUUGGACAUCUUUCAAAAGAUCAAAGCUUUGGGAUACAACGGUGUGUCCAUAUACACGCCCUGGGUUUUACAUGAGCCAAAGUCCGGAUCUUUCCAAGCUGAGGGUGUGUUCGAUUAUGAGCCGUUCUUCGAUGCGGCGAAGAAAGCAGGGAUUUAUCUUGUUGCUCGACCUGGCCCUUAUAUCAAUGCAGAAGUGAGCGGUGGGGGGCUGCCGGGUUGGUUGCAGAGGAUAUCUGGCAACCUUCGGACGCCAGAUGCAGACUACCAGCAAGCUUCGAAGAACUACAUCGAGCACAUCACACCAAUUAUUGCAAAAGCGCAGAUCACCAACGGCGGUCCUGUCAUCUUGUUCCAGCCAGAAAACGAGUACAGCGCUGGUCUCAACAACGUCACCUUCCCGGACGCCGACUACAUGAAUCACCUCAUGAAGCAGUUCCGAGACCUUGGAAUUAAUAUACCUCUGAUCAACAAUGUGGCCUGGCCAUCUGGAACGAAUGCCCCAGGCACUGAUGCCCCGGUGGACAUUUACGGCCAUGACGCAUAUCCCCUGGGGAUGAACUGCACGGUGCCUAGCUAUUGGAUCGAUGAUGCGUUGCCAGCCAACUGGCGGGAGACACAUCUCGAACAAAGCCCGAACACGCCUUAUAUGCUCGUCGAGUACCAAGGCGGAGCCUACCAACCCUGGGGCGGCGACGGCUUUGAGAAAUGCGCCGAGUUCACGAACCACGAGUUUGAGCGCGUAUUCUACAAGAACAACAUUGCUGCUGGUGCCACUAUAUUUAACGUCUACAUGACAUUUGGUGGCACAAACUGGGGAAACCUGGGUCACGCAGGUGGCUAUACUUCUUACGAUUACGGCGCGGCAAUUACAGAGGAGCGCCAAGUGCACCGCGAGAAGUACAGUGAGGCAAAGUUGAUUGCCAAUUUCGUACAUGCAUCACCAGCUCUAGCGGCCGCAGUACCGGGAUACAACUCCACAGCUGUAUACACUGAUACGAAUGCCAUCACUACAACGCCACUAUUUGGCAACAAGACAAACUUCUACGUUACGAGGCAGACCAAGUACAACAGCUUGGCUUCGACGUCCUACAAACUCAAGGUCCAGACCAGUGCCGGCAAUCUUACCCUUCCGCAGCUCGGUGGGCAGCUCUCCAUAAACGGCCGUGACAGCAAGGUUCAUGUGACUGACUACGACGUUGGUGGUUUUAAUUUGCUUUACUCCACAGCCGAGAUCUUCACGUGGAAGAAAUACGGCAGCAGGAGUGUACUCGUCGUCCACGGAGGUCCGAAUGAACAGCACGAGCUCGCUGUAUCCGAGACCGGCGGAGGCACAGCUGUCGAAGGCUCGGGCAUCAAGUUUGCAAACCGUAACGGCAACACCAUCCUCAACUGGCAAACAGAUGCGAAGCGCCGGGUUGUGCGCAUUGGAUCGGACCUGUACAUUGUCAUUGUUUCGCGGAACGAAGCGUACAACUACUGGACAGUCAGCACCCUGCCUGAAGGUGGUAGAUACUCGCAUGAUGCGACACUAUCUUCGGACUUGAUAGUUCAUGCUGGCUACCUGGUCCGCAGCGCUUCAGUCUCAAACGGCAAGAUCGACCUAAUAGGUGACAUCAACGCGACAACCACGGUCGAGAUCAUCGGAGGCGCCCACGAUAACAUCGAUGGCUUGUCCUGGAACGGCAAGCAGCUCGAGGUGAAGCGCGACCGUAAUGGAUUCCUUAGCGGUACCAUCCCUUUCUCGGCUCCCGACAUCCAGAUCCCAGAUCUCAAAUCUCUGUCAUGGAAGUCCAUCGAUGCGCUUCCUGAGCUGCAGCCCGAAUACAACGACUCGGCUUGGACCGAUGCUGACCACACCGAGACGAAAAACACGUACUGGAAUCUCACCACCCCCACGGUACUUUGGGGUGCGGAAUACGGAUACAACACAGGAUCCUUGAUCUUCCGCGGUCACUUCUCCGCAACAGGAAACGAGACACACAUGCACCUGAACGUAUCCGGUGGUUCCGCUUUCGCAUUCUCCGCGUGGGUGAACUCAACCUUCUUGUCGUCCUGGACUGGAACCGGCGAGGCGGCCAUCGCGAACCAGACACUGUCGCUUCCCAAGCUGCAGCGCGGAAGCAACUACGUCCUUACCGUGUUCAUCGGCUACAACGAGAUGAAAACCCCCCGCGGCAUUCACGGCUACGACUUCCCCAGCCACACACCACAGCCAGCCAAUUCGUCCCGCGCGGACGACGGCAUUCGCUGGAAGAUCACGGGCAACCUUGGCGGCGAAAGCCACCGUGGCGGUCCCCGCGGUCCUUUGAACGAAGGCGCUCUGUAUCCCGAGAGAAACGGGUUCCACCUGCCCUCCGCCCCAACAGACUCGUGGAGCAGCAGCGCCGUCGGACCAACAUCCGGACUGCAGAAACCAGGCGUGCGCUUCUACCAAACGACAUUCCAGCUCGACAUGCCCAAGGGAUGGGAUGUCCCCCUCUCCUUUGUCUUCGACGGCGAUGCUUUCACGGGCAGAGGACGCGGAUGGCGCGCGCAGCUGUGGGUCAAUGGAUAUCAGUUUGGCAAGUUCGCCAACGGCAUCGGCCCGCAACGACGCUUCCCUGUGCCGGAAGGCAUCUUUGACUACCACGGGCUGAACACGGUUGCCAUCAGCAUCUGGGCGCUUGAAGAAGGCGGUGCGACGCCGGAGGGUAUUGAGCUUGUUGCCGGUAUGCCGGUUCAGUCUGGGUAUGGCGAUGUGGCACUAUCGCCGAUGACGGGCUGGGAGGAGAGGGAGGGCGCGUACUGA